CCGGAUUUUGGCAUGGAAAUUGGUCACAAAGGAGGUUGGGCGAUUCCUCUCUACCCUGUUCAUGUUCCGAAGAGAUUUGGUGUGUCAGUUUCGUUAAGUCCAACGUUGUCUGAAAAGCGCAUCUUCAUUUUGGGUAUGGGAUUCGUGGGUCAAUCACUUGCACGCAAACUCCACAACCAGGGAUGGGUCGUGUCUGGGACAUGCACAACCCAUGUAAAGAAGCAGCAGCUUCAGGACAUGGGCUUUCAUGUUCACCUCUUUGAUGCAAACCACCCUGAUCUGAGUAUCCUACAACUACUGAAAAAUAACACUCAUUUUCUUGUUUGUGUCCCUCCUGUUGUAGGCAUUGGUGACCCGAUGCUUCAGCAUGAGGAACUUAUAAGAAGCUCGUUAGUCAAUGGGGAUCUUCAGUGGCUUUGUUACUUGUCUUCGGCUAGUGUCUAUGGAGACUGUGACGGUGAAUUGGUGGAUGAGGAUUAUCCAACCAACCCAGAAAGUGAGUCAGCAAAAUUAAGGUUAACUUCUGAAGAAGGCUGGUCAAAUUUGGCUCGUUAUCUAGGGAUCUCACCACUUUCAUUUCGAUUGGGAGGUAUCUAUGGCCCUGGGAGAAGUGCCAUUGAUACAAUAAUCAAGCAGAAGCCCUUGUCAGAUGGUCAGAAGAGGAGAAAAUACCAAAAAUAUACAUCUAGAGUACAUGUUGAGGACAUUUGUCAGGCACUUAUGGCUACUCUAAAUGCACCUUCCCCCUCGGAAGUUUACAACAUCGUCGAUGAUGACCCUGCUCCACGAGAAGAAGUAUUUGAAUAUGCAAGAAAAUUGGUGGAGAAAAAAUGGCCAGGUUUGAACUUACAAAAUGUGGAGCAAAAGGAGUGCUCAGUUGUAAAAACAAGAAAUGCAAAGGGUGAGAAGCGAGUGUCAAAUGCCCGAAUGAAGAAGGAACUUGGGGUGCAACUACUUUACCCUCAUUACAGGUUAGGAUUGCAGAGUAUAAUUGACCAUAUUCAGAAUCCUUUAUUUUGUGAUUGACCAUAUUUUGAUCAAUGCCAUGUCUGGUCAACUUAUUAUUCAUGUCACAUAUUGGUAGCGUU